AUGCCAUCAGAAAACACUAUUGAUCAGCUGUACAUGAAACAAAUCACGAUGAAAAUAUGUUCCAACGAAUUUACAGUUUACCAUGGACAAGAUUUACCACGAUCAGUCUUUAAUGAGCUGCAGAAAACACAAGAUGCAUUACUAUCUUUUAAUAGUUUCUUAUCUCCUGGUAAGAAUCGAGGCCUCACACAUUUUAAUGCCGAAAGUAACGCGAGCGGUGUCGGCUUGAUUCCAGUCUCUUUUGUUAUCAAAAUCGAUCUCGUUGGCGGUGUACAUUUCGAAAUGGGUGAUUACACGAAAGCACGCUCAUUCUAUGAACCUGCAAUGGGAAUUGGAAGAGUAGUAUUAUCGUCGAAUCAUGCGAAACUGAGAGUGUAUCUGUUCAAUCUCGAACGGGUCGAGUUUAUUCUCAACUUUCUGAAUAAGUCAAACACAAGAUAA